AUGUCUGCAACGGCCACCGCAACCACCUCGGUCGAGCUCACCGACGCCGUCGGCUGGGCCUCGAGCCGUCCCACCGGAACCAGCACCGGCGGCGGCAUCACCAGCCGCGCCAAACCCACCGCCGGCCUCCCCUCCCGCUCCGGCACCUCCUCCUCCGACACCGACGAGGAGAUCCUCGCCGCCUCGCGCGCCGUCGACUCGGCCGCGCCCGACGGCGGCUACGGCUGGGCCAUCGUCGCCAGCGGCUGCGUGCUCAUGUGGUGGGGGGUCGGCACCACCUACGCCUGGGGCGUCGUCCAGCGCGUGCUCGUCCGCGACGGGCUCGCCGGCCCGGCCGUCGUCUCCUUCAUCGGCUCUCUGCAGGCCGCCACCGUCUCGCUGUGCGCGACGGCAAACGCCUGGCUGCUGCAGCGCCUGGGCCCGCGGAGGACGGCGCUCGCGGGCGUCGCGCUCAUGGGCGGCAGCGAGAUAUUGAGCGGCUGGGCGACGAAGAGCCUGGGCGCGCUGUUUGUGACGUCGGGCGUCAUGUUUGGUCUCGGGGCGAGCUUCAUCUUUUGCGUCAUCACGGCAAUCCCGUCGCAGUACUUUAGCAAGAAGAGGGGGCUGGCCAACGGCCUCAUCUUUGCCGGCAGCGGCCUCGGCGGCGCGGCCAUCAGCUUCGCCCUCGACCCCCUCAUCGACAAGAUCGGCCUCGCCAUGGCCUACCGCGUGCUCGGCCUCACCACCCUCGCCACCGGCCUUCCCGCCGCCUGGAUCAUGAAGGAGCGCACUCGCCUCCCUCGGCGGAAAUUCAUCGACUGGACCCUGUUCAAGUCGGCCGACUUCGUCCUGAUCUGCGCCGCCACCGCCAUCGGCACCUUCCCGCUCUACGUGCCUCCCUUCUUUCUCCCACUCUACGCCGACUCGCUCGGGCUGUCCUCGGCGACCGGCGCGGGCCUCGUCGCCGGCUUCACGCUGUCCUCGGCCGCGGGCCGCGUCCUGUGCGGCGGGCUCUGCGACGUACUCGGCGCCGUCAACGUGCUGCUCAUCUCGCUACUGCUAACGGCGCUCAGCAUGCUGGCCAUCUGGCCGGCGUCGACCACGCUGGCGCCGCUCGCGCUGUUCGUGGUCGUCAACGGCCUCUCCAACGGCGGCUUCUUCUGCACGAUGCCGACGGUGGCCAGCAACGUCUUCGGCAGCGCCCGCGUGGGCAUGGUGAUGAGCAUGAUCAUCACGGGGUGGAUAGGCGGGUAUCUCAUGGGAGCUCCCAUUGCCGGCUAUCUGCUCGAAGCCUUUGGUGGCGCGGAAAAGGGCCUCACAGCAUACCGACCUGCCAUGCUGUACGGCGGCUCUCUCAGUCUCUUCUCGGCGUUUUUGGUGCUCAUCGCAAGACUCAGAGUCAACAAAAAGGUGUUUGUCAAAGUAUAG